GUGCAAUGUAGUCAGUCUCGGACAGGCACAUCCCAGAGCAGUCCCUGACCCCCCGUGAUCUUUGCCAUGCGAUUCUCAAGAGUGGCCCUCGCAGCAAGUCUGCAGCUGCCCGCUGCCCUCGCCCGCGGCGAUGAACAGAGACCGCUCGGGCCCAGCCUGGGUGCGGGCGGCCCAUUUGCUGCUGGCGCUGGGGGGAAGAAGCCAAACAUCGUGUUUGUGCUCACGGACGACCAGGACCUGCACAUGCAGUCGCUGGACUACCUGCCCCUGAUCAAGAAGCAUCUCAUCGACCAGGGCACGCUGUACAAGCGGCACUACUGCACCACGGCCAUCUGCUGCCCGGCCCGAGUCUCGCUGUGGACGGGCAAGCUGGCGCACAACACCAACGUCACCGACGUGAACCCGCCUUAUGGUGGAUACCCCAAGUUCGUCAGCCAGGGGCUCAACUCGGCCUACCUGCCGCUGUGGCUGCAGGAAGCCGGCUACGACACGUACUACACGGGCAAGCUGUUCAACGCGCACACGGUGGAGAACUACAACGCGCCGUUCCCGGCGGGCUGGAACGGGUCCGACUUCCUGCUGGACCCGUACACGUACAUGUACCUGAACGCCAGCUUCCAGCGCAACCGGGAGGCGCCCGUCAGCUACGAGGGGCAGCACUCGGUCGACGUGCUGGCGCAGAAGGCGCUCGGCUUCCUGGACGAGGCGGCGCGCGGCGACCGGCCCUUCUUCCUGGGCAUCGCGCCGGUGGCGCCGCACAGCAACGUGCAGGCCAGCCUGCUGACCAACCACACGUUCGACAACCCGGACGACAUCAACAAGAUCGUGGGCGCCUUCACGCCGCCGAUCCCCGCGGAGCGGCACAAGCACCUGUUCGCGGACGCGCGGGUGCCGCGCACGCCCAACUUCAACCCGGAGGCGGCGACGGGCGCCAACUGGGUGCGCCGGCUGCGCCGGCAGUCGGCCGAGAACGUGGCCUUCAACGACCACUUCUACCGGCAGCGGCUGCGCACGCUGCAGUCGGUCGACGAGCUGGUGGCCGCCGUGGUGGACCGGCUGGCGGAGCGCGGCCUGCUCGACAGCACCUACGUCUUCUACACGACCGACAACGGCUACCACAUCGGCCAGCACCGGCUGCAGCCCGGCAAGGAGUGCGGCUUCGAGGAGGACAUCAACGUGCCGCUGAUCGUGCGCGGGCCGGGCGUGCCGCGGGGGGAGGUCGCCGAGGUGGUCACCGCGCACGUCGACCUGGCGCCGACGAUACUCAGCCUGGCGGGGGGGAAGAGCCGGGCGGAUUUCGACGGCGAGCCGAUCCCGCUGAGCCGGGAGGAGCUCGACCGGGCGGCGACCGGCCGCCGCCACCACGAGCACGUCACGGUCGAGUUCUGGGGGUUCGCGGCGUCGGAGGGCAAGCUGUUCCGCGACGACGAGGCCCGGCUGGUGCUCAACAACAACUACAAGGCGCUGCGGGUGAUCGGGUCCGAGUACAACCUGUACUACGCGGUGUGGUGCAACAACGAGCACGAGCUGUACGACCUGAAGACCGACCCCUACCAGCUCGACAACCUGCUGCACAGCACGGCCACGCCGCCGGCGACGCUGCUGGGCGUGCCGCUGGCCAAGGUGCUCGCGCGGCUGGACGCACUGCUGUUGGUGCUCAAGUCGUGCAAGGGCGCGACGUGCGUGCGGCCGUGGCAGGCGCUGCACCCGGCGGGCGACGUGCAGAACCUGCGCGACGCCCUGAGCGCCCGCUUCGACGCCUUCUACGAGCAGCAGCAGCCCAAGGUCCGCUUCGACCGCUGCGAGCUCGGCUACAUCCUCGACGCCGAGGGCCCGCAGUUCGAGGCCGACGGGCUGGUGUAUCGUCACGGCUUGCGGUGGAGCGAGUGGGUGUAAGAACCGUCAGAGAGCAUCAAGACGGGCGCUCUCCUCUCCAAGGUAGAUUAAGCUGUAGGUAUGGAACAUGAUAGGUACUACUAUGAUUGGUUUCGUGGCCACGAGCUACGUCUCGUGCCAACUUCGAACAUGAACAGGGUUGUAUGCACUCCCCUACAGAUUACAACACAUAUCUGAAGUUCUUGUUCUCAAACUCCGUCUUGUCCCGCAUUCCAGCCUCGUCGCUUGCGGCUUUGUCGGCUGGACCAUAGCGCCGGUCGCGGAGCUUAUUGGCAACAAACAUGUAAACUGCAGCGCAACAGGUCAGAAUCAG